CUGCGGUCACACUGACGGCAUGCCUUCCAAUUGUGCAUUUGCCUGCUGAGUUUUAUUAUUAUUUAUUAUUAUUGUUAAAAGCUUAUUAUAACAUAAAUAGUAGUUGAACUGCUAUUGUGCCUUGUAUAAUUGAUUGGAGCAAUCCACACACACCAACGGGAAGCGCAACAACUUUGGCAAUAUGAAUUUCCUGCGACAAACAUUUAACGUUACGAAACAAUUGACGGCACAGGUCCUGCAGAGCAGCUACAACAAUUGUGCUGCCGCAGCUUGGCGAGGCAUGGCCUCGUUGAAUCAAAUGCAUCGCACGGGUCCACACAUCAAGAAGCGUCCGCCACGUCAGCCACUGGACGGAAAACCCUUUGCCAAGGGCGUUGUGCUUAAGACGCUGAUCAAGAAGCCGAAGAAGCCCAAUUCAGCGAAUCGUAAAUGCGUGCUUGUCCGCUUAUCCACCGGCAAAGAGAUGGUCGCCUAUAUACCGGGCAUUGGACACAAUCUGCAGGAGCAUAACAUUGUGCUGUGCCGUGUGGGACGAUUGCAGGAUGUGCCUGGUGUGAAGCUGAAGGCGGUGCGCGGUGUCUACGAUCUGGCGCAUGUCAUCAAGAAGGGCCAAUAAAUAGACAGACUCUAAUCAUGUGUAGUGUACAA